UAAUACAAGCAUCUGACAGACACAGCAGCCGCCAUGGAUGAUGAUCCGAACUUGAGCAUGAAGCUCCUGAUAGACCACAAAGGCCGAAGGGUCCUGUUUGCCGAAGCAGGUAAAGAUGUUGUUGACUUUCUAUUCAACAUUCUGUCAUUACCUCUCGGUGCUGUCGCAAGUUAUCAAAAUCCGAAAGACAUGGUGUGGAGCAUUGGGAAUCUGUACCAGGGUGUUGACGAUUUGAAUGAUCUGCAUAUGAUUUCCAACAAAAACGUGGACUUUCUUAUGAACCCAGUAGUAAUCACAUGCCGUACCACCACAGCAAAUUCCAAGUCGCCUCUAAUGUUACUGAGUACUGAUUAUUCUGAUCCAUCUUCAUCAACCAAGAAAUACUACUACAAGUGUGCUAACUUCUGUUACAGUAAUUGUCGUACAUACGUGACUCUUGACCCUAAAUCCGUUUGUCCAUAUUGCUCGACGACAAUGUCCUCUCCCCUGACUCUUGUUUCUCCGACCAAUGACUGGUCGUCGUCCUCAUCCUCGUCUUCUUUUGAGAGUGGUUUUGUGAAGGAUUGUGUGACUUAUAUGAUAAUGGAUGAUCUGGUGGUCAAGCCUAUGUCUAGUAUUUCUAGGAUUACUUUGUUUAACAGGUUGAAUCUCAAAGAAGUGGGUGCUCUUGAAGAGAAGACUGUCAAUCUCACUUUUGAUAAGGUUGGGAAGUUGCUGAAGGCCUCGUUGCAGACUAAGAAAGUGCUAACAAAUGUUUUCUUUGAAGAAAAGAUGGUGGUAGAAGAGGAGAAAUCAUUGGAGUCAGUUGAGUGAUGCCAUUGUAAACUUUACAUAGACAAUGCAAGGCUGCAGUGAUCUGUAUGUGUGUUUUC